UUUUCAAAACAGUCUGCUUCGGAAUUCCGCCGCGCGCGUUUCCUUUUGCUGGCCGAAACGAUUUAAUAACACAAACAUGUAGUUUAAAUAAUUCAAAUCACGAAAACAUUCAAUAAUUAAUAAAGUUCACACAUAUAUAUUACAUUACUUUGUUUAGUGAUUUUCGUUCAACUGUGAUUUUAUAUCGAUUAAGGAAGAAAUAUGUUUGUAUUUCAAAUAAAUUAAGUAGUAAUAAGGAAUUGUAAUGUGUAAAAGCUGCGAUCGCGUGUGGUCGAUUCUGCACGUGAUAUGGAGCUCAAUUUACGUGUCCUGUGGGGCAGCUCAAUUGGUGGCUGGCAUCUUCUUCCUCCUGGCCCUUCCAUCACUAGUUUUGGCUUGCAAUCUAUUUAUAGGAAUCUGGAAUAUUCUUGUUGGAAUCACGGUGGGAAUGGUGGCAUGUUGUGGACAAUUAUCAUCUAGAAGACAGGAAACACUACUUUACAUUACAGUUUCUAUUUUAACACUGAAUAUCGUUAAUAUUAUUAUAACUGAAUGGGGAUUCUACAGUGAAGAUCUUCCUAAAAUGUUUCAAAAACAUCGAUAUCACACACUAGUUGAAUAUGCAUCGUACGCAACGCGCAUCUCUGCAGUUGCAGUCAUUCUCGUUUCAUUCUUGGAUAGUCAACUGGCGUUCUGUUCGAUGCAGACGGCGGCCGCGGGCGCGAAGAAGAAUCUGCUAAGAGGUUCGCACGAACAGGUUUCCGAUAUUGAAUACAUAAUUCCCAGGUCGAAGUCGUCUUCGAAGCCGCAAGUGCUCAACGCAUACUCCCAAAGUUGGGUGUUCGAAACUGAGAACGGAAAAACCGAGUCCCCUUAUUUGAAGUUACAGCAAGAUGGGACACCCGAAAGAAACUCAGAGGUAGACAACGGAAAAGCUGGUAAUGAUACGACUUAUUUAAUAGAUAAUCCUAUGGUCCACAUUGAGGAAGCUUCUGAUGACAGCAAUAGCAAUAGUGAUAGGAAAUUGUGUUACAUGAAAAGCUUCUCCCGAUCAGCUUCUCCGGUCAUAUUAUCCGCCAGUUCCUCGCAAAUCAGUUUAAAUCACAAUCCAAUUCCGAUUUAUGAGUGUUUGGAGAAAUUCAACCAAUCAGAAGCCUUCCGAACCAGACUUAAUUCAGCUUUAAGCAGUAAAGAAGAGCCACAAUAUCAGAUACCACAAGUUAUGGCUCGGAAUUCUGAUGUAGUUAGUCCUCAAGUGGAAAGAGUCCAGUACGCUUCAUUAAUGAAGGAAUUGCAGAAGGUUAUAGUUUGCAAGAAGGAUCCUAACUCAGGUUCACCGCAAAGUGAUGUAACUCAAAUUAAUUCUAAGAGUAGCAGCAGGCAGGAUUCCUCGGCGAAAAACAGUGAUGCAGAGUUUUCUAAAGAAUUGGAAGCAGCUUUACAAUUAAUACAAGACUUGGAGAGUCCAAAUACUAUUGAAACGCCAUCGGAAACUAAAUCUGAGAAAGAUGCAAAGUCGCUGGUUGUCUGGAAUACAAAUAGUCGGAGUGACAGUGAGAGAACUUUGAGUGCCGUCGGAUCUCUAGCUGAGAUUAACACGGACGAGACGUACAAAUCAUCGGCCAAUGGUAAGAGUGCUCGUAUCGUUGUACAGUAUAGCGAAUCUCAAAGUACAUCAGGCUAUAGUUCACCUACACAUAAUCAAAAUGCACAUAACAAUUGGUCCACGACUUCCUCCCUAAAUGGUAGUAACCAUGAUAUGGGGGGAAGGCCUCUAUCCUGUUCCAUCCACAAUUCCAAUAACUCAGCGGUCAUUUCCCUUUAUCAGACCAAUAUUUUAACCAAAGUCAAGGGAUCCAAAUCUGUAACCCUAGUCAAUAUUACUGAUGACAUACCCACAUCGAUUAACAUCCCAGAUAUAGGCGAUAAUAAAUCAGAAACUGACAUAUCUCUUCAAACCGUUACCAAUAUUAAUGUCAACGGAUGGAAUGUGAAAUCUUUACUGCGCAAGAAGAAGCAAAAGCCCAGACUGUGUCCUGAGCUUGAAGGGGCCAUCAUAAAAUCCGAAAGUCUCGCCUAUCUUACAGAGCUUGAGUUGCUUGCUAGGCACCAGAGAAACAAAAAUAUCCAUAGGCAAAUCGAGCAACGAGUCCAACAGCAACUUGGUACCCCCUGGACUGAUAAUGAUUAAGACUUACAUUUAAUCUAAGAAACAGAUAAACCAAAAUACAUGAAGGAGUUUUUAAUGUUCGCUCAUCUUUCAUUCGAUUUCUUCGCCAAAUGGAAUUUUAUAUCUGUGUUAGAAAAUAAAAUCUGCUCAUUUAUUUUAGAUGAAUAACAAAACAUGAUCAAGUUUCAUUUAGUAUUUGCAAAUAUUGUACAGAUUCGCGAAUCGUUUCUAUUAUUUCUUUAUAUUUUUUGCUGCAAGUCAGCCUCGUCCAUUACAUAUAGUGUAAGUAUUAAAAAUCUUUUAAAAUAUAUGAGAUAGUAAAUUAUAACAAAAAUGAUAUUU